CAAGGCCAAGGUAAUGUUUGAUGCAUGGAAUUUCUUUUUUUCUAUUUUAGCUCUCUGUGUGCAUGUAAGAGUACUAAGCAAAUGAGAAUAUGAAUGUGAAUAUGAACAGUUUCGGUGAACAGCUUCUCUUGCAAGGACCCCAAAAUGGUUUCAGCAGAGGACUUCUUCUUCAGCGGGCUUCGACGAGGGGACACGAGUAACGCCGUAGGGUCUAACGUAACAGCAGCCAACGUUAACCAGAUUCCGGGGUUAAACACACUGGGAAUAUCAUUGGUCCGCAUAGACUACGCUGUGGAUGGAAUUAAUCCUCCUCACACCCAUCCAAGAGCCACAGAAAUCCUUGUUUUACUUAAAGGCCAACUGCUAGUGGGAUUCAUCGAUACUACAAACAAGUUUCACAGCAAGGUGUUGAAGAAAGGAGACGUGUUUGUGUUUCCCAAGGGAUUGCUCCAUUUCCAGCAGAAUGUGGGGCAGCGAAAUGCGGUGGCCAUCGCUGGGUUGAGCAGCCAAAAUCCAGGAGUUCAGGUUACUGCCAAUUCCCUCUUUUCAGCAAAUCCUCCUUUGCCAGAUGGUGUUUUAGCCAAGGCCUUCCGCAGUGAUAAAACAGUAGUCGAUUUCAUUCAGGGCAAAUUCAUGUAA